CUAUAAAUAGGAGGGAUGAAGCCAGCAGAGAUCAGAUUCUCUCUACAGAGACCUCUACAGCACAGAGAUCCAGACAUGGCACCUACAAUCACUGCAGCAAUGACCAAUUCUUCGGAGCAUCUGACUCUGACCCACAAGCUCAGAAAGCCUCUGGUGGAGAAGUUACGCAGAGAGCGAAUCAACAGCAGCAUUGAGCAGCUCAAGUCUCUCCUGAGUCCAGAGUUCCUCAAACAGCAGCCAGACUCCAAGCUGGAGAAAGCAGACAUCCUGGAGAUGACAGUUUGUGUCCUGAGACGGCUGCAGCAGAAGAAUCAACAGCAGAGAAGACUGCUGAACCACAUCAACAAGCUGCAGUCUUCCUCUGAUAACAACCUGAGAGAGGCUGACUUCUCUCUUCUGAGCUCCACAGUCCAGACCAGCAUCACCAAAGAGAAGAGUCCAGUCAACAGCGCCGUCUGGAGGCCGUGGUAGACACCUACAGACUGGAGUUACUACCAGACAAACUGAGAUGACCAUAUUGGUCAAAGAUUACUGGACUCAAGUCUUUGAAAUGUUAUGGACUUGUUCUUCUGAUUGUACAGAAGGUUGUAGUUUGUGUUAGUUUUCUUUCUGUAAGAUGACAUUUCCUGAG